AAACACAUUUAUUUUUGUUCAUCCUAGACAACCACAUAACACGUACGUAUAAGCACGAGUUCUUCCAAAAAGAGACAAAAGGGACUAGAAGGAAAAUAGAAACAUUUAUCUUUUGUAAAAACAGAAAAGUUUCGUCCUUAUUAAUCUUUAACCUUACUUCACUCGCAGAAAAUCAUAAUUUCUUCUUAGGAUUCUUGUUCUUCACCAUCCCUCUUCUUCUUCAAGAAAAUAAAGAAAUAGUUCAGAGAGAUACAAAUCAAAAGGAUUAGGGUUUUUCGUGGGUUCAUAUCUAAAUGGGUAAGUGCGGAAGGAGCAGCGACGGAGGGAUUAGUGGAGUUAGGCCGUACGUACGGUCUCCAGUUCCUCGCCUGAGAUGGACGCCGGAGCUUCACCGGAGCUUUGUUCAUGCCGUUGAUUUGCUUGGUGGUCAAUACAAAGCAACUCCAAAACUUGUUCUUAAGAUAAUGGAUGUGCAGGGACUAACUAUUUCACACGUCAAGAGCCAUCUCCAGAUGUAUAGAGGAUCCAGACCCACUCUUCUUGGAAGACAAGAAGAGAGUUCUUCAUCAUCUUCAAGAAGAAGAAGAAGACAGGACAAUGGAGAUCAGCUUCAUGACAACUUGUCUGAACACGCAAGGAAUGAUUGUCUUUUUGGGUUUCACUCUUUUAACUUCAGAGAGCAGAAUUCAGGGACAGAUAAUGAUGACGAUGACUUUCUUAACAUCAUGAACAUGGCGAGAACGAAGACAUUUGCAGGCAAUGGCGAGUCCAUCAAAUUUCAGCCCUAUCACUUUCUCGAGGCUCAGAGCAUGAAGAGCAACAUGGGAAACGAACACGAAGAAGAAGAACUAUCGCUGUCUCUUUCGUUGAAUCAUCCUCCUAAUCAUCAACAACGUUGGAGAAGCAAUGCGUCAUCGUCCCUUAGUGAAGCAAGCGAAGCAGUCUCAUCUCCUUUCACCUCCAGAGAUUGUUUUGCGUCUUCGAAGAUUGAUCUUAAUCUUAAUCUCUCUUUUCCUUCUCUACUCCGUAGCUGAAGCUUUGUUCUUAUGUUUUAUAAUAAUAUUAGUUGGAGUUAAUUACCAUUGAAAUUUGUUUGAAAACCUUUUAAAAUAGGGAACGUAAUCUUUUAGCUAGAUUUCUCUUGUGGUCGCGGUAUGAUUUUUUGGGUGUCUACUACAUUGUCACCACGGUCCUCGGAUCACAUUUGUUCUUGUAUGAAUGAAAGUUGACGUUUCAUUUGGUGAUUAGUA